UUUAGAGAAAACUCCUUUGAGAAAUAUCCCGAAACCAAACUGGCCCUAAGCAGGUUUAGACAGGAUAAUAACAAGAUAGUUACCAUUUCUUUAUCUGCACAAGGUAUUAUUAUUUAUUCUCUCUAAUUGUACAGUAAAUCAUUAAAUCAUAGUCUGAUUGUGUGUUUUUCAUGUGCCUGGAUGUGGAACCUGAAUUUCUCAACUGCAUAAACUGAAUUCCUCAUUGCUAGUUGGGAGAUAAAGUUGCAUAUAAUGAAGCAAAACAUGUUGUAAAGAUUGUUCGGUUUAUCGAGCAAAUAUGAUUUCGGUCCUGCUUCAUGGCCCGGUAUUCUCCGUUUCGGAAGUAUCUUACAUUUCUUUUAGCUGUAAAGAAAUGUAAGCUAACCUUCCAAAGGUGCAUCCCAUGCUUUGAGGUAUUAUAUUCUUCUGCAAUAAUCAUCUAUCAUGUUCUUUUUCUAACAAAACUUCUCUGAGAAAUACCCCCAAACCAAACUGGCCGUAAGCAGGUCUAGGCAGAAAAAUAACAAGAUAGCUGCAAUUUCUUUAUCUGCACAAGGUAUUGUUAUUUAUUCUCUCUAACUGUACAGUAAAUCAUAGUGUAACCCUGUGUUUUUCACGUGCCUGAAUGUGGAACCUGGAUUUCUGAAUCGCAUAAACUGAAUUCAGCUUUGCUAGUUGGGAAAUAAAGUUACAUAUGCAGCAAUACAUGUUGUAAAGUUGUCCAGUUUAUCGAACAAAUAAGAUUUUGGCCCUGCUUCAUAGCCUGGUAUUCUCCAUUUCGGAAGUAUCUAACAUUUCUUAUAGCUGUAAGCAAAUGUAAGUUAACCUUCCAAAUGUGCAUGCCCAUGCUUUGAGUUCUUAUCUUCUAUUCUUCUGCAAAAAUCAUCUACCAUGUUAGCAUCAGAGCAAGAUGCAGUUCUUUCUUUUUUUCACUAUCCGGAAUAUCUAUACCGUGUAAACAUGCAGUUCAUGUUUUCGCACAGUACACGGACUCAACUUCCCAUGCGGUAUGGGCUAUCCGGUGCUAUGUGCAUGGCCAUCACACCAACCUUGCCUGUAUUUUGCUUUUGCCACAAGUUUGACUGCCCAAUAACCAAUUGAUCCCAAGGUAGAUACAUUUUCAGCGAUCAUGCAAAGAUAACCUCCGCUGAACAUGGAGCCAUCCCUCUUUCUGUUGCCACUCUGUGCUCCUAAUUACUUCUGAUUUCCGUAGACAGCACCAUUUUAUUUUUGCAUGACCAGCAGUUAACAGAGCUUCACAACUCCUCUUCCAUGGCAUCAACCAUGCCGUUCUCCGCUGGCCUUGUUUCCCUUGGGUUUCCGCCGCCGCAGCACCACAGCUGCAGGCUCCAGCGAUAUCAACGACCGUGCACUCUCAUUUCAUCAGGCAAUUGAUCAAAUCAUAUCUGAGUUAAAGCUAUGGCUGGAGUGAGCAUGGAUGGCUUGGCACGGCCUCAAGCCCCGGUUGCAGUGGUCACCGGAGCAUCGAGGGGGAUUGGGCGAGCGAUAGCUGUGGCUCUUGGCAAAGCAGGGUGCAAGGUAGUUGUGAACUAUGCCAAGUCAGGCAUGGAAGCUGAAGAAGUGUGCAGAGAGAUCAUGGAGUCCGGUGGCACUGCCAUCUCCUUUUCAGCCGAUGUCUCCAUUGAAGCCGAGGUUGAAACCAUGAUGAGAGCGGCAAUUGAUACUUGGGGAACGCUGGACGUCCUGGUGAACAAUGCAGGGAUCACGCGAGAUGCUCUGCUAAUGCGGAUGAAGAAGGCGCAGUGGCAGGAAGUAGUGGACGUAAACCUUACCGGUGUUUACCUCUGUGCCCAGGCUGCGGCGGCAGUGAUGAUGAAGAGGAAGAAGGGAAGAAUCAUCAACAUCGCCUCAGUUGCCGGGAUGAUCGGCAACAUUGGCCAGGCCAACUACUGCGCCGCAAAGGCCGGGGUGAUUGGAUUGACCAAGGCCAUGGCCCGGGAAUACGGUGGCAGAAACAUAAAUGUGAAUGCAGUUUCCCCGGGCUGGGUCGCGUCUGACAUGACUGCAAAACUAGGCGACGACAUCGAGCGGAAGGCGCUCGAGACAAUACCAUUAGGACGAUUCGGCAAGCCAGAGGAGAUCGCUGGACUGGUGGAGUUCUUGGCUGUUCAUCCGGCUGCAAGCUACAUGACCGGGCAGGCAAGUAGAAAUGGUUUUCAGAUAUGUCCUUCAUAUGGACCAGAUGUAUUACAUAGUUAUUUGUUAGUGUACUUGAAGACUUGACUUGUUUAAUUCUGCAAGUGCAGGUGC